CGCGGGGACAGACCCCGCCCCCGCCGGCGCCGCCUUGGCAACCGCGGCGCGGCAAGAUGGCGGACGAGCUGGACCGGCUGCUGGACGAGGUGGAGCGGCGGCUGUGGCACCGGCACGGCGGCGAGGAGGAGCAGCCCGCGGCGGCCAAGGAGGCCAGAUCAGCUAAAGUGUUAAUGAGUGCUGGCAGCAGUGAAGAAGAUUUAGACAACAUUAUUGAUGAAAUCUGUAAUGACAGCAGCUUCACCAAAACACCUCUGAAAUUGAAGUCUAAUUCUGCAAGUCUCACACCUGAAAGAAAUAGUGUUGUUGUACAGGCACAUGGGAAAAGAUGCUGUCCAGUGUACCUGGGUGGAAGCCUUUCACCAUCUGGGAUAGGAACAAAUAUUUCAAAAAGAACGUGUGAUCAGCUGCGUUGUACUGCCUGUGACUUCCGAGUGUCACUUUUCAAUGACUACGUCUGGGAUCAGUCCUGUGAUUAUCUUUUUUUCAGGAAUAACAUGCCUGAACUCAGUAAACUAAGAGCAAAGAUGAUAAAGAAGAAAGGAGCACGUGCAUAUGCUUGUCAGUGCAGCUGGAGAUCCAUUGAUGAAUUAACUGACCUCCAAACAGAGCAGCAGCUUCGCUGGGUUUGUGGUAAACAUGGAGAAUGAAGACUUCUUGUGUGGGAUACCUACUUCUGUGGAAAUGGCUCUUAAAAUCUAUUUGUUUCCUAUCCAGUUUUCUGAGAACAGAUGGAAAAUUGAAUACUUAGAUUUAGAAAUAGAUUAUAACACCCAGAUUUCAACCUGAAUUUUUCUUAAAUGUAACUGUCUUGCAAGCAGUGUGGGGAGUUGAAUUAUUAGGAGAAAUAACUAACCUGGAGGCUUUCUGGAAGCUAAAUGAGGUUAAAGUUCAUACUCAAUGUGUUAAAGAAAAGAAGAGGAAAUAACAGACUUGGGCAUGGGCAAAGCACCUUGAGACCUUCCUCAAUGUAGCAGAGACCCUUAUUCCCCAUGUCUGCAGAAUGUUGGACUCAAAAUGGUGGGUUGAGAAACAACUGUGACACUCAAGCAUAUGAUUUUCUGCACAGAAAUGAAUCCUGCUCUUCUGCUUUGCUCGUAGUUGUUAAUGAGCAAGUGGUUGUUUAUGUCUUAAAAAAUUACUAUGGGAUCAGCUCUCAUCUUAAAGGUUUCAGCUCACCCCAAACUUUACUUCUUUUUACCCACCAGUAGCCAAAACUGCAGGUGCUGAAAAUUUUCUUCCAGUUCCUACUGCUUGCUUCAGAGCACUUUCUGCUGACUAAGGACUUGUCCACAAUGAAUUUCUUGAACUUCUCUUCAGCCCUCACUGCACAAGAGAUGAACAAGUUAUUCUGCAGUUAUUAAACAUGCAAUUUUAAAGAGAUUCUGAAGGGUAUGUUACUCUUUUAUCAAUAUUUUCAAUGGAAAAAGGCUCAGGCUUUUAAGAGUGAGAAAAUAUAUAUCCCCAGUAGUGUUCAAAAUCAGAUCUUUUUUUCAGUUUCACUUAGCCUUCACUUCAUCUUCUCUUUAAAAAAUUAUAUUCAGAAAGUGUAACUGUCCUGUUUCAACACACUCCUUUCCCUCAGUAACAUUGUUACUUGGUGAAUUGUUUUGUGUACAGUCCCUGUCACUAAUAGUUUAUGACCUUUUUCUUUUCAUUACGUAUAAAUAACACAGAAGAUAGAUUUGAGUUUUGUGCAAGGGGAGAGGGAGGAAAGGAUAACCAGUUCUGUCAUUUAUUACACUGAAAAGUGUCUCAGUAUGGGAAGUCUGUCAGUGUUUUUUGCUGUGCAGUAUGUGUACCUGUACAGAUAAAUUCAGAAUUACUUACAUUGGGCAAUUCUAGUUAUACAGAGCCAUUUCCCUUUCUCUGAAGUUUUUCUCAUGGUUCUAAUAUGUACAUUCAUUCUGCUUCUGAGCUUUUCCAAAACAAUUGCAUGAUCUUACGGAGGUGAUUCCUGUGUCUGUCACCCUCUGAAGGAGCAGCUCUCAGUAGUGAUCAGAGGCAUCAUGCACUCUGCACCCUGCUUACCUUGUCCAUCCAUGAGUGCUUGUUUCAGAACCUGCAGUGUGCCUGGGAAGUCUGGCAGUUCUUCUUCAAUGCUCCAGACUGCACCUUCCAGUAUAUAUAUAGACAUAUUUAGGGUCAUGUAUUGUUUUCAGUGAAUUUACUGUUUCAGGCUGAAGUUUCCACUGCUAGAGUCCAAAACUGCAGGUUCAGGACCAGAGACCAGUGUACUAAUGCCCAGUCAGCUGGAAAAGCUCUGCUUGUCUUUCUGUCCUUUAUGAAGAUGUAGCCCAGGUCUGGGCUGUACACAAUGAGUAUUCCUGGGUGUUCUUCAGGUGGGCCCAAGCAACUUUCAUGCCUAGAGAGCAUCAGUGCUAAGAACAGAAGAACCCAAGCUCUGGGGAAGAAGAAACCUGCUUUCCAUUCUUAUUGAAGAAUACAUUUCAAAAAGUGCUGAGUUGCUUUGGCUUUUCUGUUCCAAGGCUAUUUGGAAUUCAUGACCAAGUAGUUCCACGGAGUGUCUUUUGUCUAGAAUGGUGCUGAACUUGUGCCACAGGGUAGAAACAAGGUGGGCUUGCAACCUGUGAGCAGGAAAUGGGGAAAAUCCUAGUUCCCAUGUCAGUUCAUGAGACCAAGUCUUAUGCGACUUGGAAAGGGAGUGUGUCUCUCUACCCUAAAUAUUUCCCUGAAAUAAUCAGGUUUAUUCAAGUGUAGUUAACUUGUUUCUGGCCUUGGUCAGAGUAGUGGGAUAAGACAGCUUUCUGUCCAGGGGAAGUUGUAAACAGGUACAGAAAUAGUGCUUCUUGUAUGAGUUUUCAGAAUUUAUAUUUCUAGAUUUGAGAAUGAUUGCUAUGUCAUUAGAUAGAAUUAUUUUGUUGGAAGGAGGAGCCAUAUUAAGAUUUGAUUUCCUUUCCUUUAUUUUCUUCGGUUACAUGUUACAAACCACUCCAGAGUCUUGGAUGAAAAGAAUGUAAAGAAAGAUAAAACUAGAGCUUGAAUGUUCAUUUGAUGAAGGUAUUGUCAGAGUGUACAAGGUUUUCAAAUGUAGCCCAGACGCUAAGUGAUAUUUCUGUGUUGGUUGUCUGAGAUAGCAGGGAUUAUGUAGAGAAUUCUGUUUAAGAAUAUGUAAAGAUUUCCAUUUAGGAAUGUAAUUCAGCUGUUGUCAAAUGGAAGCACUGGAGAACAGUGUUGCUAAGUAUAAAUGUGACCAUUGUUUUCCUCCAAUUUUUUGGUUUGGAAUAAUAAUACCAUUUCCAUUUGUGAAAUGGGCUGGGUGAAAAUGUAAGACUUUUAUUUUGCUUACUGGUGUGUUUGGAGAUUUUCUAGCCUGUCCCAUUAGUCUGCAGCAGAUCCCUCAAAAAAACCGGAAGUAAUGAAGGCUGACAAAAUGAGAUUCCAUCUAAUUUUAAUAUGCUGCUCUGACUUACCUUUCACUCUUUUACCUGCAAACUAUGGAGGGUGAAUAUAGUUCAGAAAAGUUGUUAUUAAGAGUCAACCUGCCAUUAAAGUUAACUUACAGAAGCAUAAUAACAUUAUAUAUUGCAAGCUCUGCACUGUAUUAUAUCAAAUAAAGAUUUUUUUUUCCAAACACCUAUUUUAGUUUUGUACUGAAGAUAUUCUGCAAAUGCUGCCACUUGCUGAAAGACUGCCACUUCUCUUAUUUCCUGACAUGUGAGUCUUUGGGUCAUGUAACCAGUACAUGUGGUAGUCACACAACACAAGAAGUGCUGUGUCGAGAGCAAAUUUUUCUUCCUGCCAGGCUCUUUUUUCAGUAGACCUGAUGUUCUGUCUGUGGUGUAACACCUGAUAACUGCAGGCAGGUGGAGUAAAGGAACAUCAGGUGCUGCUCAGUUGUGAGAGCCACAUCUGAUGCCUAGGGUUUGGCUUGUGUGCUUUGAGAGUUUUUCAAAUGUCAGCACUUAAUAAAAUGAAAAGUUGGAACUAA